AUGGACUCGACCUAUCGUCCGACCAGUCCAGCACUGGGCAACCUGCCUGAAUCACCAGAUCUGAGUGGCUUGCGACCCCAGAGCCCCGAUCUGUCCGCUGCACAACUGUCCCCGCCAGCCUACACCAACUUCGCCCAACACCAAUUCAACCAGAGCCAACACACUGCCUAUUCCGCACCCGCACCCGCACCCGCACCCGCACCCGCACCACACUACGCAUACCAGCCCACGUCGGUACCACAACCACAGCUCCCCUCCGGCUAUUCGCAGCCCGACUCCCCAUACCAACAAAAUUUCUACCAGCCGCAACCCAUCCCGAACAUGGCGCCGCGACGCGUCAAGAACGAGAGCGAUGAUGACGAUUUCAUGCCAGACGCACCCGCCACGACGAGAAGAACGCGAGGCAUCAAGCAGGAAAUGCCAACAAACGGACUGCCAUCGUUCGGGCCCGCGCCUAUGAUCAAGAGUGAAGAGAACAUCGACCCGACUUUGGGCUGCACACUCAAGACCUCCUUCCCCGUAGCGCGCAUAAAACGCAUUAUGCAGGCAGAUGAGGAUAUCGGCAAAGUAGCUCAAGUCACACCAACAGUCGUUAGUCGCGCGCUGGAGCUGUUCAUGAUCAAGCUCAUCUCAGCAGCGGCGCACCAAGCACGUGGACCUGGAGAUGCAGCCGGCUCCUCCAAGGCACCGAGACGCGUCUUGGCCCAGCAUCUGAAGAAGGCAGUUCUCGCGGAUAAGAAGCUGGACUUCUUGGAGGAUCAUGUUUCAAAGGUGCCUGACGCUCCUUCCAAGUCAUCGAAGAAGGAUACCGGUAGCGAUUCGGAGGAUGUGAAGCCGGUCAAGAAGAAGGGAAAGAAGCGGAAGGAGUCUGGUGAUGACAUUUAG